GAACCAACCUGGACCUCCACCCAGCUCUGUGUCCUUAAUGAGUGACCACUCAAAACGUGACCCCAUUGAAUUUAAACACCAGCACGUGUCUGCUCCAGAGAGGAGACCACUGGCUAAAAGGACAUACACAAAAAAACGAGGAACUAAAUAUAAACAUGAGCCUGACCCCAGCUGUAUGUCCUUAAGGAGUAAACAGUCAAAACGUGACCCCAUUGAAUUUCAACAGUCGCCUGCUGGAGAGAGGAGACCAUUGACUCAAACAACAUGCAGGAGAAAACGAGGAACUAAACGUAUAAAUGAACCUGGACCCAGCUGUAUGUCCUUAAGGAGUAAACAGUCAAAACGUGACCCCAUUGAAUUUAAACAUCAUGGGUCUGCAGCAUACAGAGUGGAUCAGGAGAGCUCAGAGGUUCCGAGGGGUCAGUCUGCCCAGCAGCAUCAAAUACAGCUGGGCUCCAUAUUUAUGCUGCUGGAGGACAACAUCAUCAGCUUUGUGAAGAAAGAGCUAAAGAAGAUCCAGAAGGUUCUGAGUCCAGAUUACCCAGAAUGCUUAGAGAGUCAGAGGGAGGAGGAAGAGCAGAGGAGGAGCAGCAGAGAGGCAUUUGUGAAAAUCACCCUGGACUUCAUGAGAACAAUGAAGCUUGAUGAGCUGGCUGACCGUCUGCAGAGAAAUGCCAUUUGUCCUCACAAACUUAAAUCUACACUAAAGGAGAGGUUCCAGUGUGUGUUUGAGGGGAUCGCUAAAGCAGGAAACCCAACCCUUCUUAAUCAGAUCUACACAGAGCUCUACAUCACAGAGGGAGGGACUGCAGAGGUCAAUGAAGAACAUGAGGUCAGACAGAUUGAAAAGGUAUGCAGGAAACGAGACAGACCAGAAACAUCAAUCAGAGAAGAAGACAUCUUUAAAGCCUCACCUGAACGACUUGAACCAAUCAGAACAGUGCUGACAAAGGGAGUGACUGGUAUUGGAAAAACAGUCUUAACACAGAAAUACAUUCUCGACUGGGCUGAAGACAAAGCCAACCAGGACAUCCAGUUCAUGUUUCCAUUCACUUUCAGAGAGCUGAAUGUGCUGAAAGACAAAAAGUUCAGCUUGGUGGAACUUGUUCAUCACUUCUUUACUGAAACCAAAGAAGCAGGAAUCUGCAGCUUUGAAGACUUCCAGGUUGUGUUCAUCUUUGAUGGUCUGGAUGAGUGUCGACUUCCUCUGGACUUCCACAAAACUACAAUCCUAACUGACCCUAGAAAGUCCACCUCAGUGGAUGUGCUGCUGAUAAACCUCAUCAGGGGGAAACUGCUUCCCUCUGCUCACCUAUGGAUAACCACACGACCUGCAGCAGCCAAUCAGAUCCCACCUGACUAUGUUCACAGGGUGACAGAGGUCAGAGGGUUCACUGACUCACAGAAAGAAGAGUAUUUCAGGAAGAGAUUCAGAGAUGAGGAGCAGGCCAGCAGAAUCCUUUCUCAUGUCAAGACCUCACGAAGCCUCCACAUCAUGUGCCACAUCCCAGUCUUCUGCUGGAUGACAGCUACAGUUUUGGAGAAUGUGCUGAAAACCAGAGAGGGAGGGCGGCUACCCAAGAACCUGACUGAGAUGUACAUCCACUUCCUGGUGAUUCAGGCCAAAGUGAAGAAGGUCAAGUUUGAUCAAGGAGCCCAAACAGAUUCACACUGGAGUCCAGAGAGCAGGAUUAUGAUUGAGUAUCUGGGAAAAUUGGCUUUUGAUCAUCUGCAGAAAGGAAACCUGAUCUUCUAUGAAUCAGACCUGAGAGAGUGCGGCAUCGAUAUCAGAGCAGCCACAGUGUUUGCAGGAGUGUUCACACAGAUCUUUAAAGAGGAGAGAGGACUGUACCAGGACAAGGUGUUCUGCUUCAUCCAUCUGAGUGUUCAGGAGUUUCUGGCUGCUCUUCAUGUCCAUCUGACAUUCAUCAACUCUGGACUCAAUCUGCUGGAAGAGCAACAAACCACCUCCCAGAAGCCUGAAACAACAGAAUCUUCAGCGUCUCACUUUUACCAGAGUGCUGUUGACAAGGCCUUACAGAGUCCAAAUGGACACCUGGAUCUGUUCCUCCGCUUCCUCCUGGGUUUUUCACUGCAGACAAGUCAGACUCUCCUACAAGGUUUGCAGACACAGACAGGAAAUACUUCACAGACCAAUCAGGAAACCGUCCACUACAUCAAGAAGAAGCUCAGCGAGAAUCUGUCAGGAGAGAAAAGCAUCAAUCUGUUUCACUGUCUGAAUGAACUAAAUGAUCGUUCUGUAGUGGAGGAGGUCCAGCGGUACAUGAGUUUAGGAAGUUUCCCCAUACGUAAUCAUUCCCCUGCUCAGUGGUCAGCUCUGGUCUUAAUCUUAGUCUCAUCAAAAAAAGAUGUAGACCCAAAGACAUUUUCUUUAGAGAAGGCUCUUCUGGAGCUGCUGCCAGAGGUCAAUGCCUCUAAUAAAUCUCUACUGAGUCUCUGUAACCUGUCAGAGACAAAUUGUGAAGCUCUGUCCUCAGUUCUCAGCUCCCAGUCCUCCAAUCUCAGAGAGCUGGGCCAGAGUAACAGCAGCCUGCAGGAUUCAGGAGUGGAGCCUCUGUCUGACGGACUGAAGAGUCCACAGUGUAAAACUCUCAGAGUGAUGGGCUGUAACCUCUCAGAGAGCAGCUGUGAAGCUUUGUCCUCGGUUCUUAGUUCUCAGUCCUCUAGUUUAGGAGAGCUGGACCUGAGUAACUCCAACCUGCUGGAUUCAGGAAUGAAGCUUCUUUGUGAUGGACUGAAGAGUCCGAACUGUAAACUGAAUACACUUAGACUGAGUCACUGUAGCCUCUCAGAGAGAGAUUGUGAAGCUCUGUCCUCAGUUCUCAGCUCCCAGUUCUGCAGUCUGAAAGAGCUGGACCUGAGUAACUCUGACCUGCAGGACUCAGGAGUGAAGCUUCUGUCUGUUGGAUUAAAGAGUGCAAACUUUAAACUGGAAACUCUCAGUCUGUCAGGCUGUCUGAUCACAGAGGAAGGCUGUACUUCUCUGGCCUCAGCUCUGAGCUCCAACCCCUCCCAUCUGAGAGAGCUGGACCUGAGCUACAAUCAUCCAGGUGACUCAGGAAUGAAGCUGCUGUUGGCUGGACUAAAGUAUCCAAGCUGGACACUGGACACUCUCAGGGUGGAGCCUGCUGGAGUCCGAUGGUUGAGACCAGGAGUCAUCAUCAAAGUGUCAAUCAAUGAACAGAUGAUGGAUCAAUAA